UCGAACCACCUGAAUAGAAAAGUUUCUAACAACAAAAAAGAUAAAUUUUUAUUUAUGAAUUUCUGAUUUCAAAUCUGCCGGGUUUGCAGAGACUUCGUUUUCUACCACUCUGUAUUCCUCUCUCUUCUAAGACUAAGCAGGUUCAAAAAUUAAACACACGUUCUUCGUGCAAACCUUAGGCCUUAGGUUUGUUUUCUAUAUUGUUAACAAAUUUUCUGGGCGAAGAGAUUUUUAAGUAUAUGCUUCCGUAAAGAAAAAAUGCAACGACCGGUUAAGUUUGGAAGAAUUGAAUAUGACGUUGAAGAACACAAAGUUUUGCAGUCUACGCUUCGCAAAGACCUUGCUCCUGAAAUGGUGAGCCAAAGGCAUGGUCCAGGUGGUCAGAAACUUGCCUAUAUUGAAGGUUGGAGAUUGAUUGCCCUUGCCAAUGAAGUAUUUGGAUUUAAUGGUUGGAGUCAUCAAGUUGUUCAACAAACAAUUGACUGUGUUGAUCAGGUUGACGACAAGUUUUAUGUUGGGGUGUCUUCAACAGUAAGGGUUGAACUCAAAGAUGGUUCCUUUCAUGAAGAUAUUGGUUAUGGUGUUUGUGAAGGAAUGAAAUCUAAGGCUCUAAGUCUGGAAAAGGCUAGAAAGGAAGCAGCAACAGAUGGGUUAAAACGUGCAUUGAAAGGAUUUGGAAAUGUUUUGGGCAAUUGUCUUAAUAACAAAAACUACCUACGUUGGGCCAACAAAUACCCUGUUACCACACCAGCUCCACCUCAGAAAAAUGAAACUGUUUUAGAAGUUCCCCCGGCUGUGCAUCGAAGCCGUUAUAACGCUAUGGAGGAAAAAAAGCGUGGUAUAGAGGCUUUAAAAACACCUUCAGCAUCAACUAGCGUUCCUAUAAAAGAAAAAAAUGUUGAUGCGACUCAUGAAUCAACACACCCAAUGCCUGCCCCUCAAGAACCUGCUCCUCAAUGCCCUGGUUUACCCACUGGGCAAAAGUUGAUUUCCACUAAGGAGACUGCGUUAACAUCAAUUAAACCGCCUAAUAUUUCUGGAGCUCAAAACGGCGAAACCAUCAAUAAUUCCGCGCUUAAAGAUGAUUUAUUAAAUGAAAGUGAUCCAGUUAAAUUGGAAAGAAAACGGAAACAACAGCAGAAAAAAGAGGAAUUUUUGCAGCAGUUGAAGCGUCAAAAGCAGGAAGAUGGUGCCAGAAUUUCUACGGUUAGCAUAAAAUCUGAGCAAACUUCUCCCGUACCUGAAGACGACAGCGAGAAAUGGAUGCGGGAAGUAGAUCCAGAAUCUUUCGCGCUGAUAAGUGGAAUUGAUUGGAGUGAUGAAGAAAAUCCUGCACCAAACCAGGCAAUCAUCAACAAACCGAACGUCAACACAGUCACAAAACCAGCUCCACACAAACCAGCUCAGGCUGUCCCCAAGUCAAAUAAUUUCAGAAAGUAAGACAAAACCAAUUUUUUUUUUGUUUUUUUUUUUCAAAAUAUUUUGAAGUUGUUGUGUAUUUAAUUUAAACUCCCGAAAUUGAAAUAAUGAUUGCUUGGAUGAUUUCUUA